ACGGAUCAGUCUUUAAACCACUUCCGAAGAGGAAACAUCGAAACAGAGAUCAUCCUGGUUCAAAAAGUGAUGUGAAAUGGGUUCGUCCACACCGUGGCAGGAAGAACAACCACGGGACCCGGUGUACGUCGUGACGACGAUGACGGUCGUCUAUUCUCUCAUAUUCCUCACCGGUGUCAUAGGCAAUGUGAGCACGUGCAUCGUAAUCGUGAGAAACAAACACAUGCACACGACGACCAACUAUUACUUGUUCUCCCUGGCUGUUUCCGACCUCCUGCUUCUCGUCUCCGGCCUACCUCCUGAAAUGUACAUGUUGUGGUCUAAAUCGUAUGUCUUCGGUGAGGCUUUUUGCGUUUUGACAGGGUUCAUGGCAGAGACGUGCGCCAACGCUACGGUUCUGACAAUAACAGCAUUUACCAUCGAGCGCUACAUAGCGAUUUGCCAUCCAUUCUUGUCACACUCCGUCUCCAAACUUUCCAGGGCGGUCAAGUUUGUCAUAUUGAUAUGGAUAUUCGCUCUCAUCCUGGCUAUUCCGCAGGCGAUUCAAUUUGGAGUAGUUAACAAUGUGAACACCGACAGGAACGGCACUGCUAUCUCUAGCUAUGCCGAAUGCACGAUGAAAGGGAAGAAAGCUUGGGUCGAACACGCCUUCAGGAUCUCCACAUGUGUGUUCUUCAUAUUCCCGAUGACGGUCAUCACCUGCCUUUACGUACUCAUCGGGCUCAAACUUCGCAAGUCGAAGGCUAUCAAAAGGCCGGCUCUGGAACCGCUGAGAGGCCAGAACCACGUCAUACGAUUACUUGUUGCAGUCGUUGUGGCAUUUUUUAUAUGCUGGGCCCCUUUUCACGCCCAGAGACUUCUCGCCGUCUACGCCUACAACAGCGCUUCCUCAAAUUAUAGCACUGUACUUCUGACUACUUACAAAGUUCUUACUUACAUAUCAGGCAUUCUUUACUACUUAUCGACUACUGUGAAUCCUUUGCUAUACAACAUAAUGUCGAAUAAGUUCCGAGACGCUUUUAAGAACACUCAGCAGCAGCUUUGCUGCAGAAAGGACAAGGUGAGCGUGCCGACGAGGACCUACUCCGUCCUAUCCCGCAUGCAUCAUAUUUCCAUGGAUGGCCACGUACCAGAGCCAAACCGGUUGCAGCUGGCGAGACCGGCCACUAUCAGCAACAGCAGCCUUCAGGACAUCGAAGAGGAAGAGUACAACGGCUCCGAACUGGCCCAGUACAUGGGACAGUUGAACACGAGUUGACACGAGAACAGGCGGUUCAACGCAAUUUCCUCGAUUUCUUGAGAUGAGGUGGCUCGACUCGAAUGUCACCGUUUUUGAAAAGUUUUCCUCAGAAUUAUGAAUGAAGCACUCUGGAAUUGGAGUGAGGAGAAGUUCGACGUCGAAUCUCCAACCAGUUGAAUCGUUUUCAACAAGCGAUUUCCGCGACUAUGUGAUCUCUUUAUUUUUAAGUCCUCUUACUUUUUCAUUGUACGCUUUAUAAAAAUGUAUGAUUGGUUGAAAUAUACUUUUGAACAAUUUACUCUGGUCGAAUAAGCAAUAUUGGAUAAUUAAUUACAGUUCAAUUCUAUGUUUUGAUGGUCCAAAAAUGUAUCGGUAUAAAGCCGAUUUCCAAGCACAAUUUCAACAUUUUAACAGUUAAGCUGCUAAAAUUUAUUACAUUUUUCCUUAUUCAUUGUAUGGCAAGUGGGAAAUUUCCUGGGUUUAGCUUUAUACUUAAAAAGAGAAACUGUUGUCACUUACUUUUUGUUAAAAAGUUUUUUUUUACUUUGAUUUUGCGAAAACCUAUUUCUUCUAAUAGUGUUAGCACGUUUGUGUUGUAUCAGUACAAAAUACUACGGCUUUACCGCAGAAAAUACAAUAAUGAAUUUUUCGGACAUUUUAGCAGAAGUGUUAAACAAAUAACGAAUCUUGAUGGUCGAGAAAAUUUAUUUCAUAUAACUUAUGAGUAGUUAUUAGUCGGUUUAACUAUUAUGUUUAGGUAAAGAAACAUAAUAAACUCCAAUAGAAAACAAAGUUAAUUCCAUUAACACACUGACAACAAUUAAAUUAUCAAUAUUUAUUCAUUAACGAAAGUUUUAAUUAGUGUUUCUAGUUGGUUGAGUGUAAAAUAUUACUACGUUUUAUUCUGUUUGUUGUACAUUGAUAUCUGCUAUGAUAAUUUCGAAUUUUUUUAAAUAAUAAUUAGUAAUUUUUUUUAUGUU